GCUUCUUCAUCUUCACCACUUUGCUCAGACAGGUCACCUUUUAGUUUGCUUUCCUCACGAAACAAACAAACUUCUUAUUUUCUUCUUUAUUGAGAGGGAUGAGAAAAUUAUUGGAGCUGCUCUGAAAAAAAUAAACCUUUUCUUUUUCUUUGUCAUUCUGACUAUCUUUUGCUUGGAUUCGGAGAGAGGAAGGAGAAUUGAUUCUCUCUCUCUCUCCUAUUUUAUUGUGUUCCGAUCUGAUCGGAAUUUACAUUUCUUCUAUUCUCAUCUUCAGGUUCAAUUUCCAUUAAGUUUCUUCCUCUAGUGUCAAGGGAGAAAUUUCCUGGUGACGUCUUAAUCAUUGAUUUCACGAAGAAUAUUUAUCUCUUCGUUGAUUCUUUUACAAUUUUGUGAAACCGGAGAAGCAAAAGCAAGAAGCUUUAUGGUUCUGUCGGAGAUAGAGCCAUCUAUGUCGGAACCACUGGUAGACGAAUCUGAUCGUCGUUUCGCCAAUCUGAGAGGCGUACGGUGGCGCGUGAAUCUCGGUGUUCUUCCGUUUCAAGCUUCAUCGAUCGAUGAUCUUCGCAAAGCUACAGCUGAAUCUCGCAGAAGAUAUGCUGCUUUAAGGAGACGCAUCUUGAUAGAUCCACAUUUGUCUAAAGAUUUACGAAAUUCCCCUGAUCUCUCAAUCGACAAUCCCUUAUCACAAAACCCAGAUAGUACAUGGGGUCGGUUCUUUCGUAACGCUGAGCUAGAGAAAACACUGGAUCAAGACUUAUCGAGGUUAUAUCCAGAGCAUUGGAGCUACUUUCAAGCUCCUGGAUGUCAAGGAAUGUUAAGACGUAUUCUACUCUUGUGGUGUCUUAAACAUCCCGAGUACGGAUAUCGACAAGGAAUGCAUGAGCUUUUGGCUCCUCUGCUUUAUGUGCUUCAUGUUGAUGUGGAGCGUCUCUCUGAAGUGCGUAAAAGCUAUGAAGAUCAUUUCACGGACAGAUUCGAUGGGUUGUCUUUUGAGGAAAGAGAUAUUACUUACAACUUUGAGUUCAAAAAGUUUCUGGAGGAUUUCACGGACGAUGAGAUCGGUGGUAUUCAGGGAAAUUCCAAGAAACUAAAGAGCCUAGAUGAGCUCGACCCCGAAAUCCAAUCCGUUGUGUUGCUAAGCGAUGCUUAUGGAGCCGAAGGAGAACUCGGGAUUGUCUUGUCUGAUAAAUUCAUGGAGCACGAUGCUUACUGCAUGUUUGAUGCUCUGAUGAGUGGAGCUCAUGGUUGUGUCUCAAUGGCUGGAUUUUUCGCUUACUCUCCAGCUAGCGGAUCCCACACGGGUUUACCUCCCGUUCUUGAAGCGUGCACUGCGUUUUACCAUCUUUUAUCGUUUGUUGAUUCGUCUCUGCAUAGCCAUUUAGUGGAACUCGGAGUUGAGCCUCAGUACUUUGGUCUUCGUUGGUUACGGGUUUUGUUUGGAAGAGAGUUUUUGCUUCAGGAUUUGUUGGUAGUGUGGGAUGAGAUAUUCUCAGCAGAUAACACGGCGAGAAAUGAUGAGGCUAACAACACAAACCAGAGCUUCAAGAUCUUUGAUUCUCCUCGGGGCGCUUUAAUCUCUGGAAUGGCGGUUUCGAUGAUAUUAUCUUUGAGAUCUUCUUUGCUUGCUACUGAAAACGCAGCUUCUUGUCUCCAAAGACUGUUGAAUUUCCCGGAGAAGAUUGAUGUGAGGAAGAUAAUAGAGAAAGCUAAGUCAUUACAAGCAUUGGCUUUGGACGAUGAUGUACGAUCAUCAGCUCUGUUGAUUAACAGUGUCUUUGAUCAGAGCAUCAGCCCUGCAGUACCGGCGAGAACUAGCAGCUUCCCUUCGGGAUCCACUUCGCCUAAAUCUCCACUGAUAAUUACGCCACAGAGUUAUUGGGAGGAGAAAUGGAGAGUUCUUCAGCAAGCCGCCGAGGAACAGAAACAGAAUCCUUCAACACCGAAGAAAAAGGCAUGGUUUAAGGUGAAAAGACUUUUCAGAGCAGAGUCUGAGCCAACUCAUAACACCAAGACAGUAAAGGAAGCCAAGGUAUCAUCAGUGGCACGUAACUUGCUGGAAGAUUUUAAUCGGCAGGUUGUUUCUGAACCUGAGGAAGCUACUAUAGUAGAUGUUGUGAGCAAUGAGAAUAGCUCAGUUCAACAAGAAACUGAGGAAGCUAAUACAGUAGAUGUUGUGAACAAUGAAGAUAGUUCAGUUCAAGAAACUGAGGAAGCUAGUACAGUAGAUGUUGUGAACAAUGAAGAUGGUUCAGUUCAAGAAACCGAGGAAAGAAAUAUGAGUUUCGAAACUGCUGGUGAAGAGAGUGUAGCAGCAAUGGAAGAGAACUCAUCUGAUGCCUUCUCAGAUCCAAACAGUCCACUCAGAGAUUCGAACUCCAUUGAGAAUGAUUCAGAUAGCAGUACCGGGUCGAUUCUGUUUGCCAAUGAAAAAGUUAAAGAUCAAGAAACAAGCGCAGUAGAUUCUCCUCUUCCCCUUUCUUCUCAGCCGAGCAUCGAGUUUCCAGUAACUCGGUCUAAUAACGAAGAGGACAGCGCAGAUAGAUCUGUGACCAUUAUCAAGGAGCGUAGUAAGGUUUUACCGGGAAAAUUCCAAUGGUUUUGGAAGUUUGGACGCAAUCUCACUGGCGAGGAGACAAGAUCCUUCGGUGUUGAAAGUAGUAAGAGCGAUUUGGUUUGCUCUUCCGAGUCACAUUCCCUUCCGCAGGCUUCAUCUUCGAGCAGCAAAGGAGACUCAGACCAGAAUGUGAUGAAUACUCUAAAGAACCUUGGCAAUUCCAUGCUCGAACACAUUCAGGUGAUCGAAUCGGUUUUCCAGCAAGAACGAGGUCAGGUUCAGGCAGGAUUGAUGGAGAACAUAUCUAAGGCCAAUUUGGUCGGAAAGGGACAAGUCACAGCCAUGUCAGCUCUCAAGGAGCUUCGGAAAAUCAGUAAUCUUUUGUUGGAAAUGUGAUGAACCUUUUUCAUUCGUCUUCUUCUCCCCCUGUGCAUAUAUUCAUCCUAUUUUUUGUAAAGUAUUGUUUCUUAGAGCACGGAAUAAAAAAGCUAGCAUUUUUCUUAUAGGCUUGUUCUCUGUCUCUAAGAAAAUUUUGCUGUAGAAAACCAAUUUUUUGGUUUAACGGUCAUGUAUAAGAUGAUAUAAAUAAAGAUGCAUAAUUUGUCUGAA